UCCAAAAAAUACAGCCCACAAUCUCCAGAUUGUUCAGAUUAGCAGAUAACAAUCAAAACAAGAAAAUGUCUGUCUCUUCACUAUCCUUUACGCCCCCUAAGCUUCAAACACUUCAAACCUUCACUACAAAACCCACCACUGCAGCUACUUUAAAGGCUUGUUCUUCACACCAAUCAACUCCUUCUAUCAACAAGAAGCAAAUUUUCCAAGUAGGUGUUGGAAUUUUGGCUGCUUCAAUAGUGUCUUCAGCACCUUUAAAUGCUGAUGCUACUAGAAUUGAAUACUAUGCUACUACUGCUGAGCCUACUUGUGAGUUCAAUUAUGUCCACUCUGGACUUGGGUAUUGUGACCUUGCUGUUGGGUCUGGUGAAGAAGCUCCAUAUAAUCAGCUCGUCAAUAUUCACUAUACUGCAAGGUUUGCGGAUGGUAUAGUUUUUGACAGCAGCUAUAAGCGUGGCCGAGCCCUGACCAUGCGCCUCGGCAUGGGUAAGGUGAUCAAAGGAUUAGAUCAGGGAAUCUUGGGAGGUGAAGGGGUACCACCAAUGCUAGUAGGUGGAAAACGUAAGCUUCAGAUUCCUCCACAUUUGGCAUAUGGACCAGAACCAGCAGGCUGCUUUUCAGGGGACUGCAAUAUUCCUGGAAAUGCAACACUUGUAUAUGACAUCAAGUUCGUUGAUAUUUACUCGGGAAAUAGGAAAUGAAGGAGACCAAUGUGAUAUGAUGAGAAAUCUGAAGCUCAAGCACAACCACUUAAUUGCUGCAAUCGAGUCUUGGCCCAUUGAUUAUCAUCAAUUUCAGCUUCCACAACUACUCGAAAAGAUGGAAUCUCAAUCUCUGCAGGUAUAACUGCUUCAGUUCCGUACACCAACAAGUAAGGAGUUGCACCAAUUGAAGUCCGAACUGUAGUACGAUAAUCCAACAAAGCAAAAGGUAACUUUUCAUGCCAUUGUCGGGAACCCUGCACCAUCUUGUGAAGUAUUUUUUUAGAUUAUUUUUGGCAGCUUUUUUAACACCGUUCAUCUUCGGGCGAUAAGGAGUUGAAUUCCGAUGCAUAAUUUUAAAUUCCUGACACACUUCUUGCAUUAAAUGACUAUGAGAUUUCCAACAUUAUCCAUGACAAUUAUCUUUGAAAUACCAAACCGACAAAUGAUGUUGGAGUGAACAAAAUCGACCACUACUUUCUUGGUCACAGACUUAAAAUUCGUUGCUUCACCCACUUCGUGAAAUAAUCAUGGCUACCAAGAUGAACCUAUGUCUAUUCGAGGCCUUUGGUUAAAUCGGUCCAAUUACAUCCAUUCCUCAAGCCACAAAAGGCCAUAGAGCAGUCAUUGUAUGCAACUCAGAUGGAGGAGAAUGUAUCAAGUCCCUGUGUACCUGGAAUUCAUGACAUUUACGAAUGAAACGGAUGGAAUUUCGCUCUAUGGUGAGCCAAUAAUAACCUACUCGAAGUAUUUUUUUGCCUAAACAUACCCACUUAUGUGCGGUCCACAAAUUCCAGAAUGUAUUCAGUCAUGAUUUUUGAAGCUUCUUUUGCAUCUAUGCACCUUAAAAGUCCCAAAUUUGGAGUCCUCUUAUACAAGAUUCCCCUACAUCGGAAAAACCCGCUAGCCAGUCGUCGAAUGGCUCUCUUUCGGUUACCAUUGGCAUGUAUGGGAUACUUUUUAGUCUGAAUAUAUUCUUUGAUGUCAUGGAACCACGGCUCUCCAUCAAUUUCUUCCCCACCAACAUUGUAAUAUGCAUGUUGAUCACUAAUCUGUAUAUGCAAAGGGUCAAUAUGAGUCUUGUCGGGAUGUUGGAGCAUCGAAGAUAAGGUCGCCAAAGCAUCAGCAAUCUCAUUAUGAGCUCUGGGAAUAUUCUUGAACUUUACUGAUACAAAUUAUUUACAAAGAUCUUCCAAACAACCUCGAUAUGGUAGGAGUUUUGAAUCACGAGUUUUCCAAUCUCCUUGGAUUUGGUGGACUAACAAAUCUAAGUCUUCUAACACCAACAGUUCUUGGAUUUCCAUGUCGAUAGCUAAUCUCAAACCUAGAAUGCAAGCUUCAUAUUCUGCCAUAUUGUUGGUACAGUAGAAUCGAAGUUAGGCUGUUAUAGGUUAGUAUUGUCCCAAUUCAAAAAUAAGAGUCGCCCCUACCCAUACUCCUUUUACAUUAGCAGCUUCAUCAAAGAUCAUCUUCCAACCUGAAUGGCAAUCAUCGAAAAUAACCUCAUCAACACAUAAGACCUCUUUAUCCGGAAAGUAAGUCUUUAAUGACUCAUAUUCCUCAUCAAUUGAAUUUUCUUCCAAAUGAUCCGCUAAGGCUUGAGCUUUCAUUGCAGUUUGAGUCACAUAGACACUAUCAAACUCUGUGAGUAGCAUCUGCCAUUUCGCGAGUCUGCCUGUGGGCAUAGGCUUCUGAAAAAUAUACUUUAAUGGAUCCAUAUGAGAGAUAAGGUAAGUAGUGUAAGAUGACAAGUAAUGUUUCAGCUUUUAUGCUACCCAAGCUAAGGCGCAACAUGCCUUUUCAAGAAGAGUAUACUUAGCUUUAUAAGUGGUAAAUUUUUUGCUAAGGUAGUGGAUAGCCUGUUCUUAUCUGCCUAUGACAUUAUGUUGACCUAAUACAUAGCCAAAAUAAUUAUCUAACACAGAAAUAUACAAUAUCAAGGGUUUGUCUGGCUCUGGAGGAACCAAAAUAGGUAGAUUCGACAAGUGCCUCUUAAUUCUGUCAAAUGCCUCUUGACAUUCUUCAGUCCAUUCAACUUUAGCAUUUUUCUUCAACAACUUAAAAAUUGGCUCACAGGUCGUCGUGAGUUGGGCAAUGAAUCUACUAAUAUAAUUCAACCUUCCAAGUAAACUCAUCACAUCCAUUUUGUUCUUUAGUAGAGGCAAAUCUUGAAUGGCUUUUAUUUUUGAAGGAUCUAACUCAAUGCCACGUCAACUGACUAUAAACCCCAAGAGUUUUCCCGACGGGACUCCUAAUACACAUUUCGUUGGUAAGUUUGAGAUCAUACCUUCGAAGCUUUUCAAAGAAUUUUCUCAGAUCUUUGACAUGGUCAGACUGCUCUCUUGAUUUAAUGACCACAUCAUCUACAUAAACUUCAAUCUCUUUAUGCAUCAUGUCAUGAAACAUAGUGAUCAUUGCCCCCAUGUAAGUUGCCCCAACAUUCUUUAGUUCAAAAGGCAUAACUCGAUAACAAUAUGUCCCUCAUUACAUGAUAAAUGAUGUCUUUUCUGCAUCUUCUGGAUCCAUAAUAAUCUAGUAGUACCCCGUAUAACAAUCCACAAAAGAUGCAAGAUCAUGUUUGGCAUAAUUGUCCAACAAAAUAUGGAUAUUGGGAAGUGGAAAAUAAUUUUUCGGACAUGCUUUAUUUAGAUCACGAUAAUUUGCCAAUAUUUGCCAACCAAGUAGGAUAUUGGGUCACCCAAAUGACUUUAGCUUCAAGUUGCUUCAUGAUUUCCUCUUUGAUUUUUACACUCAUGUCAGUUUUAGGCUUCCUUAACUUUGCUUGAUAGGAGGGAAAGAAGGAUCAAUUGGUAAUUUAUAAACUACCAAAUCAGUUCUUAAACCGGCAUAUCAUCGUAAGACCACACAAAGAUGUCUUUGUACUCAAGCAAAGCUUCAAUUAUAGCUUUCUUUUGUUGUGGUUGAGCAUGUACACUUAUCUUAGUCUCUCUAAUAUUUUCAUGAUCUCCUAAAUUGAUCGCCUCAAUGUCAUCUAAAUUGGGAUUUGGCUUAUUCUCAAACUGUUUGAAAUCUUUGCUUAUAUCCUCAAAUGCUUCCUCUUCAUCGUAUUCAACUUCUUUAUUCAUUAUUUCAUAAUUAGAUUAUUUUUUUAAAUCUAGUUAACAAUUCUUCAUGCAUGUCAUGUCAUUAGAAUCGGCAUAGAAAGAACUAUAUGAUAGAAAAUAAAUAAGUAAAUAUUAGACUCAAAAUAAAACAAAGGAAAAUUAUGUUUUAUUAAAAACAACGAUAGAAAGAGUUUAAACCUAAAAUAGCAACAACGAUAGAAAAAGUUUUUAACCUAAAACCCCGAGGUAAAGAUCUGAAUUACAAUCCUAGAACGAUUCAAAUUAUAGAAAAAAAAACAAAUAAACUACCAAGACUGAAAUAAAAACAAACAAAAAACCAAGACUCCUUCAUAGUAGGGAGAGAAGUGGCCUUCCAAUUGUUAAGCUGGACAUCAGGGCUGAUAAACUGCAUAUCUGCAUUCCUGGUACCUUCCUCAAUUUCAACCAUACUGCUUCGAUAAACAUGUUCUGGAAAAGGCCAAUAGCUCUGACUUUGAUGAAAGAUUCAUAGAGUGACGGUAUCGGCUUGGUCAGUGACCAUGAAUCUUUCUUACACUUUAUAGCCUUGUUUAUGUCUUUAACAGUGGGCUCGUAUCCCAAACCAAAGGUACCAAGGUUCUCAUAGAGGUUUACUGGAUGAAUCCUGCCUUGUAAAAACAUCCCUAGACCUUUCCCUAGUCUGAAACCAUGCUUCAACAUUUCAUUCACUACCAUAACAGAUGUUGAGGACAGUCAUGGUCUUGCGAUGAGAUUCCCCCCAAGGAUAUGCUCAACAGCUACUACCUCAAAAGCUUGAUGAAUUACCACUCUAUCUAUAAUAUCUACCACAAUAGAGGAAACUGAGUAGUCUUUAUACAUGGAUAAGUCUCCUUCACUAUGAACAACUAUUUCUAGCCUGUCAUAUGUAACCGCUCCAGCCCUAUGAACCCAUGGCCUACCCAAUGACAUAUUAUAUGAAGCAUUAAUGUUCAAUACUUGAAAAUCCACAGGCCCUAUUAUUAAUAUGAGCUCUAUUUCACCAAUGGCAUCAUUUUUUGCUCCAUCAAAACCUUUGACCCAUAGUAAUGUAGACACCUCUGUUAUGUCUGGUACCUUUUGCAGGCAAUUCGUUAUCCGAGAAAGUGAUCCUAUUUACUUUAAGGAUCCUUCUAAUAACUUUUUCCAGCUGAUUCACCUUACAUGCCUCAUUAAGCAUCUUCAUUAUAGCCUUGCGGUGAUCCUCUGAAUGUAUCAAUAAAGACAAUAAAGAAUUUUGUGCUGGCGUCUUCUUCAACUGUUCUAUAACAAAAUAUUCUGGCAAUUUCAUUUUCUUUAAGAAUUCUUCAGCUUCUUCAUCAGUAACUGGUUUCUUGAUUGUUAUUCGUUCUUCAUUGCCUUGUUUAUUGUUUCUUAACUCUACUGGGGCAUAACAUCUCCCAGAUCGGAUUAAUCCCCCUACUUCAUCCACAUCUUUAAUCACCUCUUUCCCUUUGUACAUCACCACAACGCGGAUGUAGUUCUAGGAGACUACUUUGGUAUUAACCAUAGAUAGCUGUGACACUAGUUUAAUAACGAUAGGAGCUAUGGGAGCUCCUUUUAUGAUUAAAAGAGGCUUAGUGGGUCUUCCAGGAAUAAUGAGCUUCAAGUAAACAUUUUUUGGAAUCUCUUUCCCCACGACAAGAAAACAUUCUAUGAUUCAAACUUUAUUAUCACCUCCUCUACUUUUACGGGUUUUUCUUUCGUCAAAUCUACAACAUUUGCUGGUUUUUCCAAAUCAGUUUUAAUUUUAAUGAUCGGCUUGAAGGAAAUUGCAGCAUCUUCACCACUGGUAUCACUUCGAGCAUGUUUGUUUCAUUAUGAACUCGCAAUGGAUUUUGAUUAACAUUUGAAGCGUCUGGACUUUGUACCAUGAUCUGCUGUGUCUCAAUCGGCUCCUGAAUAGCUCUUUUCAGAUACCAACAUUUCUCUGUGUCGUGCCCUGGGGCAUCAGAAUAGUACACACAUCUUCUGGAAUAAUUCAAGUUUUUCAGUGAAGGAUUCGGAAUCCUUUUUGCGAUUGGACUCAAAACAUUCAUGUCCCUCAAUCUUUGAAAUAAGCUUGCGUAAGAUAUUUCAAUGGGAGUGAAAUUAUCUUUUCCCAUGUUAGCCAUCUUGAAGUCUGCUCUAGGCCGGAAAGUAGAUCUAGGGGGACCUUGUCGAACUUCUGGGAUUAGUGGAUGAUUUUGGAUGGCUGGUACACACCAUUGCGGGUAAGAAGGAGCCCGAGCAUAUGGUUGUGCAUUGUAAAUAGGAUAUUGGGGAGAUGGAAUGAAAUAUAAUGGAUUUUGUGUGUAUGGUUGACGUGCACCUCUCUAAUUUUGUCGUGGACCUAGCACAACAGUUGCUACAUUCUCUUUUCUUUUCUUUCCUCCAAAACUUCCU